AUGGGGUUCUGGAUGAAAAGCUUCUUCUGGACCCUUAUUUCCGCCAUCUGCUUAUUUCAGUGGCUUAUGUCUCCUCUUUCGCCAGUGAUUACUCGACUUCGGAGCGACCACGCUCCAAGGCAACCAUUUGGCAUUGUUCAAGUGGACGGGUUUGGGUCAGAUGGUAGAGAGAAUGGGAUUGAUAUUGUCUUUGUACACGGACUUGGGUCCAACCCAGAUACAACCUGGUCUCUGCCGGUGGAGGAUGACAAACAGAGCGGAAAUGAGUCUUCAGUCCGCUGGAUCAGGGAUUUUCUCCCUGAUGAUAUCUUGCCAACACAUCGUGACAAUAUUCGAGUCUUUUAUUACAACCACGACACCUACUUUUGGAGAGAUGCGCCUCAGUCUGACCUGGAGACGCUGGCCUUGGCCAUGUUGAGCCGCAUAAAAAGCCAAAUCCGGAGAAACGAACAAGAAUGGAACCGAAAGCUGAUCUUGGUUGGUCACAGUUAUGGGGGCCUCAUAAUUAAACAAGCCAUAGUGGAAGCUGCUAAAAAUGAGCGCUUUCUGCAUAUUGCGCAGAAUACCAAAGCUUUGGUCUUUCUGGGCACACCUCACCGUGGCUCAAAGUCUGCCAAUCUUUUUGCGCCAAUUGCAUCGGCACUCACACCCAUAGGUUCAAAUUCCAAGAUCCUGAAGGACCUGGCAUAUGAUAGCCCACACCUCUUGGGUCUACACACCGACUUUCUGAGGGUCACUCGGCAGAUGCGAGUUGUCAAUUUUUACGAGGAGCGGAAAUCGUCCACCAAAAUUGGUCCUGUCAAGUUAUUUGUUGAGUUUGUUGUUGAAGUACAGUCCGCAACCUUCACUACUGGCUCUGAUAGAAGUGUGGAAAACAUUCCACUGCCGCUUGAUCAUUUCAAGAUAGUCAGGUUCAAUAAGAGGGACUCAAACUACCACAUCAUCAAAGACAAGCUGAACGAGCUCAUUUUGCUACCGUUGGAGGUGAAGCAAGCUCGAUAUUUUUCGGUUCCUCUAAGCACUGUUCACACUUACACAGAAAGGGAGACAAUAUCUGCUGAAAUAGAACGCAAGCUUCGCAUAAGGCACGAAAAAAGCAGCGUCCCUUACGCCAUUGCAGUCCAUGGUCUUGGUGGGACUGGCAAGUCGCAACUUGCUCUGAGAUACAUUGACCAACACAAACAUGAGUUUAAUGCUGUCAUGUGGAUUGAUGGAAAAGAUAAUGAAUCCACACUCUCAAGUUAUACGGAAUUUGCUGUCCAAAUUGGAUUAUCACUGCAAACAAACUCCCACUGGUCGGAAUCUACAAAGCAGGGAGUAAUUCAAUUGGUCAAUGCUUGGUUUGAAGAUCAGUCAGAGCCCGACCAGAAGUGGCUAGUUGUCGUCGACAAUGCAGAUGAUGUCCGAUGGGGCCUCAAGAAGCUUUUACCCAGAGGGAUUAGAGGCAGUAUUAUCAUCACGAGCCAGGACUCUAAGUCUCGGGGUCUUGUUGAUGGGCUCUGCGAAGAUGUUCAUGUUGGUGUCAUGGAAUUACACGAGGCCAGGCUCCUGCUGUUGAACCACCUUGAAUGGUUGUCAGACGAUCUAUCCGACGUCGUUCGGCAAGAGUGUGAUACCUUGGUACAACGUCUAGGUCUUCUAGCUCUCGCAACGGACUUGGCAGGCGCAUACAUCAAGUAUGAUGACUCUCCAAAUCAUCAAUCGUUAAAGCAAUACAUUAAAAACCUCGAUCGGCACGAAGAUGAACUGCUGCAGAACGAUGACUUCGUCGGGCUUUCAUUUACUGACAAAACAGUCUGGACCGUCUGGAGUACUACUCUGUCGAAGAUUGACUCCCUCAACUAUGCGAUCAAGCCUUCUUUCUUGCUGGCAUUUCUUGCGCAUUUUAGAGGGCUGAUUGUGCAACACGAUAUUUUUCGGCUCGCCAGUCUUCAGCUACACAGCGAGCCUACAACAAUCUGGCAAGAGAGACUACUACCUGCCGAACUAAAGAGCCUUUUCACGGUGAAAAACAAUGAGUGGGACCCCUUUUACUACGAACAAGCCCUUGAGCCUUUGACGCGCUUUCAUCUGGUGGGAAAGACUGAAGGUGCCCGCCCUGGCGUGGCAAUGCACAAUCUGGUGAAAUGGCGAGCUCUCAAAUAUGAGAUUGGACUUCCUUGGAAGAUCUGGAAUAUAAAGAUGAUUGAAAAAGCUUAUCGUCAUACCCAGUAUCUGGGCUCCGAGUUUCUGUACCUGGUUGAUCAUUUUCCCAGCAUUGACGACAUUUGCCGUCUCACCGGCCCUGAUCCAUUGGGAACAUUCGCAUACCGACGCCUAUUUGGGCAUAUCUAUCUUCACCUGGGACGAUGGGAAAAUGCCGAAACGAUCUUAGUUUCAGGCCUAACAUAUCUGCAACAAGCUUGUCUUGGGGAUCAUCAGUGUGGCGAAGACCCGGGGCUGUGGAAUGGUUACCAGGCUAGUUUUAUCGACGGCAUUGUCACAGCCCGAAGGAAACAAGGGCAUCUCGAUGAGGCCAAAGAACUUGGGGAAGUACUCUUGGCAGACUGUACGAGAGUCCUCGGAGAGACCAAUCCCAUCACGCUUUGUGUCAUGAACAACCUCGCAGUGACUUAUCAUGAACUGAACAUGUAUGACUUGGCCGAAAAGCUCCACGCUGAUCUUUCGAGAAUCUUUCAACAAAAUCCACAAUUACAUCAAUCGAUAAAUCCAGGGACAGUCAUCAACGGGGCAGCAGCCUUUGGGGAUCGGUCAGACCAGAGUGGGUCAAUCUUGGCCAACAAGAGAAAUCUGGCACAUACCUAUAUGCUCCGUGGCAAGGUCAAAGAAGCUCAAUCUCUCCUCGAGGAUUCACUCGACGAGAGUUUAUUAUCGCAUGGCCGCAUGCAUCAUCUUACUGUGAAUAUUAUGUACACUCUAGGCUACGUGUACAGGAUCCAAGGCCACCUUGAAGAGGCUGAGAAGAACCUUUUUUCGGCUUUGGAGUUAGGGAAGAAAUUAAACGGGCCAAACCACCACCUCACGUUUGAUACAACUUGGUCUCUUACUCGAACCUACAUGCUACAAGAACGAUAUGAGAAAGCCGAGCCACUGGCUCAGUCGUUAUUGACAGCAUACGAGGAAUCCCCUCAUGGGGAAGAGUCAAUGAUAGCUUCCUCUCAGAUGCUGCUUGCGGUUAUUUAUGAUAGGCUGGGAAAGCUACAAGAAGCCGAGAAGCUGCUGGUCGCAGUGGUCGAAUACCACGAGGGGUCCAAGAAUGCUGACCCGGCAGAUCUCACGGAGGCGAGGAUAUUCCUGUCUAGCAUAUUGUUUGAGCUAGACCGUCCCCAGGCAGCCAUCUAUUCGCUGGCUACCAAAAGUCAAGACAGUGACUGGAGAAGCCCGGAUUUUGGUGCACCUAAUUGGGUGCUGAAUUUAUCGUCUCUUUACCUACGUCGCGGCCGGCUACGCGCCUCUGAAAAGCUCUUGGCACCGGUGCUCGAAGCUGACAGUAAUUAUACUGGACUGGACGCUGUACGGUUGAUGAUUCAGCUAGUGAAGACGCAUGCCCUGCAGAGAAAUUGGCAAAAGGCGCAUGAUGUAGGUGUUCAGGCACUCAAAACCAGCAAGAUGGUUCCAGGGCCUCCUGAUCAGGAUGUCCUUACUUUGAUGAAAGAUCUGGAAGGGAUCUACUGGGCACAACAUCAUGUUUGUACAGAGGCGGGGAUAGAUUUCACGAACGCAUGGCGUCAAUAA